AUGAGGACCUCGGGGAUUUCUCUUGGCUUCUUCAAUGCUCCAGUUCUCUGUCUCUUCUGCCUAACAAAGCAUGCAGUGGACUCAGUCCAGUUGUCGGCACCAGAGGUGGUAACAGGAGUAUACGGAGGAUCUGUGACAGUCCCCUGUCAGUACGAGAGUCAGUUCAGAGAUUACACAAAGUAUUGGUGCAAAGGACCAAUUUAUGAGCUUUGUGAAAUAGUGGCGAAAACACCCAGGAUGCGACCGAGUGAAAGAAUCUCCAUUACAGAUGAUAAGGUGGCAGGAGUCUUCACUGUGACUAUGACUUCUCUCAGAGAGAGUGAUGAGGAAAUGUACUGGUGUGUCAUUGCCAAAUUGGGAAGGAACUACCACACUGGUGUCAGGCUCAGUCUCUCCCACACAGUGAUAACAACAGCCAAUCCAUCACUGGUACUGGAUCAAGAUGAAAUAAGUUGGUGGGCAGCUCUGCGUUGGAUCCUUUUUAUAUUUAUGUUGUGUUGUGUGGUAUCAACACACAUCGCUGUGUGGAGGAUAAAGGCUGCAAGGAAAAUACAGCUGCGACAAGAAUCUCAAGAACAAAACUCAAACAUCUAUGCUGAAUUAUGAACUCAUUCAUGCUAAGGCUACAAAACUAUUCUUCCAGAGGAUGUUCUAUCAGUCUGUAAAUUAAACCAAGAAAUAAUGCAAGUGGAAUAAGUGGCUUUUUCGGCCUCUAGUAUGGAAAUGAUAAAAAAUCUAAUUAAUUUCAGUGCCAGGACCUGAUAACUAUGGGCCCAACUUUUGAAUAUAUAAUCAGCUCAAAAUGAGCACCUCUGGAGGACUGGGGCUCUUGGCUUUCAUCUAAAUUAUUUGCAAAUCUUAUAUGGACUGUCAUAGAGGUUGAUGUUCUUCAGGGGUGUACUUCAAAGAU